UUUGUUAGAGAAAUUGACUUGACUGUUCGCUUCGACAUGCAUUCGACGUUCUUUACCACUUCUUUGCGAAAUUAAAAUUGUUGGUUGAUUGCAGUACUGGGAUUCCGAAUUAGAUAAUUUGCCAUAAUUUAUAAGGAGUUUUUUUCAAGAUCUAAUAAACAUUUGUACAAUAGAAAUGUAGGCUUUUUUGUGUACUACCUGUAUCACCCGUUAUACCUCUCUGAAUCCGGCUCUGAGUGUUUUCUACAGCAAACAUAUUUUCAAGUAAGCAAAAAUGGCUGAUAAAGAACAAGUGAUUUCGGCACUCCGGGCGACACUGCUCUCAGUAAAAGGAGCUCUGACCAUCAAACAAUGUAACAGAGAUUACCGAGAACUUCAGGGAGAGUGGAUACCAUUUAAAAAGUUGGGUUAUCCGACACUGGAUAGGCUCUUUGUUGAUGUUCCCGGUUUCAAAGUGACACAAAUAAAUGGAGAAUGGUAUGUUGAUGCAAUAGCAAGUCAGGAGACCCAACACAUUGCAGAAAUGGUGUCUCGUCAAAAAUCUAGCAAGAAGCCAACACCAAGGUUUAAUUUCCCUAAUCGGUUUCCCAAAAAAGAAGGCUCAUGGCGGAGACCAGCAACCGCCGGGUCUCACACCAGCUAUAACAACGCAAGCUAUAAUUACAAUAAUCAGUACUCAAACCAAUAUUACCGAGCGAAAGGCGGAACACCAUUCAACAACAAUUAUAGUAACAAGCACAAUAAUAAAUUCAGUAAACCGUACGAAACGAAACCUCCCUUAACGAAAACGACAUCGAAACCAUUGACGGAAAAUACUGAGAGACCAGAAAGGACAACAUAUAGCGCUGUUACCAAACCAGUGAACCCUCCCGCGCCAGCCAAGGAGCCAGAGAGAGUCUCUGAAAGGGUCCCUCUGGCACCUGUCAAUACUUACUCAGAAGACGUAAAACAUUCCGUGCGAACAGAAAAUGAGCCUGAACUUAAGCAAAGCUCUAAGAUGUCAGCCUCACAAAGACUGUCCAACCUGAGAGACCGGCUGAACACUGUAGAUCUUAUACCCUUGCCCCUGCCAGCCACUAAUAACGAUUUCGUUGAACAUAGCGGCCCCGUGACACAUGUGGCACCGGCGUACAGCUUAGAACCCCCGCCGGACUCCAGUUCUUCCGUGGCUAAGCUGGAAUGGACCUGUCGCAAGCUGGGCUUGACGCAGCCCGUCUACAAGGUUCACGACAUUCGACCGAAACGAGGCCCCGUCAGUUACGACUGCUCAAUUAAGGUCGGUGCGUCGUACUCGGCGUCGUCAUACCCGGACUCGUCGCCGUCGCAAGAGCUGGCCAAGGAGGUGGCGGCCGUGAAGCUGCUCAUGGAGAUCGAGGGCUCGGGCCCGGGCGGCAUGCCCACGUCCUCGCCCGGCAAGGCCGUCGCCUCGCUCGCCGACCUAGUGGCCGAACACGAGGCCGGCCUCUGGGCUAGCACUGUUCCACAUUUAUAUAGAGAAAAGUUUGGAGAGAAUUUGCCCAGUAACUGGCAAGAACUGGUGGAAAAUUGUCCUCGAAUAUUAAAAGACAGAGUGGUUAAUGGACUAUUAGUACUUCUCCCUAACAAAGAGGGCGCGCCGCCGCUGUUCCCGGAGAACAGUGUGUCGGACGUCACGAUCGACAGCGAUUUGCCGCCACUCAAGUUCCCUGAAGAGGAUUUCUGGAACGUAUUCGUGACCGUUGCGAAUUCCACACUCGAAAUUUGGCUUCGGAUUGUAGGGCCAGAUUACAGUGAUGCCUUCGAAACGUUACUUGCUGAUAUGGAGAGGUUUUAUAGACAUGGUGGCACAUCCGUCGAUAAAAAUAUGAUUAUUAAAAAUGCUUGGUAUGCAGUUAAUUUAGACGACGGUGAAUGGCAACGAGCGAAAAUUUUGGAAAUCCAUGAAGACACAGCGGUUGUUUUUUUGGGUGACCACGGAGACGACGAUAUUGUAGACUUGAAUAAAAUCAAAAUCCUUGAAACACAGUUUAGGGGGCUUCCCGCGCAGGCCAUCCUGUGUCGGCUGGAGGGCGCGGAGGAGCUGGCGGCCAGCGCGGCGGGCGCCGAGCUCGUGCAGCGGCGGCUGCCCGGAGAGGUGCUGGUGGCGGCGCCCGGACCGCGCCACGACCCCUCCGACCCCGCGGUGGCCGUGGUGCUCUACGACACGUCUACACAGCGCGAUCUCAACCUCAACAAGGAGAUCGUGCAAGACUUCUGCAUGGCCGGCGCCUUCAAUAUCACGCAGAAGCCGUGCGAGGUGGAGGUGGGGUGCGUGACGGAGGAGGGGCGCGUGUGGGUGUCGCGCGCGGGCGCCGCGGCGCUGGUGCGCGGCGCGCUGGCGGUGCUCACGGCCGGGCCCUACCGCCGCCCGCUGCCCGCCGCGCCGCAGGCGCCGCCCGCCGCCGCGCACACGCUCUACAUCGUGCGCACGCUCUCCGGCGACUGGGUCCGUUGUACGAUCAUCAGCGGGCUCGACGGCGAGGGCACGGUGCGCACGCAGCUGGUGGACAGCGGGCUCGUGCUGCGCGCGCCGCUCUCCUCGCUCGUGCCACUCGCCUCCUUCAGCCCGGCGUUGGACCAGUACCCGCAUCAGGCGAAGCAGGUGCGGCUGGGUCCGGCGGAGCGCGCGGCGCACGGCAUGGCGGCGCGGCUGCGCGAGCUGCUGCUGCAGGCGCGCGUGCUGUGCCGCGCGCUGCCCGCGCCCGCCGCGCCCGCCGCGCCGCCGCACGUGGAGCUCUUCGUGCGCACCGGCCCGCAGAACAUCCUCGCCUCCGUCAACAACGCCAUACUCAUGGAGUACGAGUAUCUGCAGCCUGAAAAGUUAAAAGACGAGAAAGAAGACAAAGGAAUGGCGAACCGCGUGGAGGCGCUGCACCGGAAGAAGGAGCGCAUCUUCCGCAGCUCGUCCACCGGCGAGGCGGAGCGCCGCGCGGGCGCGGGCGGGGAGCGCGGCGGCGUGCUGCCCGCGCCGCUGCUGCCCACGCCCGGCAAGUGCUUCGACGUCUACAUCGCCAUGGCCGCCAACCCCUGGAACUUUGUGGUUCAACCAAACAGCACCAGGAAUACGCUGCAAACGAUGAUGGCAUCAUUGCAAGCAGAGUGCCCGAAGAUGACCGAGGCAGAUGCUCCGGCGAAACCGGCCAGCGGAGAACUGUACACUGUGUAUUAUGAAAAGGAUUCUUCCUGGUAUAGGGUUACAAUAGCGGGAAUCGUAUCGACCGAGAUGGUGUCAGUGUACUUCUGCGACUACGGGGACCUGGCGCUCUUCGCCGUCAAGGACUUGCGCCCCGUGCCUGCCAAGGCCCCCUUGGCGCGCUCCUUGCCGCCGCAGGCGAUAAAGGCUAGACUGUAUGAUGUGUGGCCGCUUCAUCAAGACUGGACUGUAGAAGACUGCAUUAGGUUUCAAGAGUUAUGCGUGGAGCAGCAAUUCGUGGGAAUCUGCAAAGACGUGGGCAAGGACCCGCUCAACCCCAACGAGCCGCUGCUCACGCUCGACCUCAUCGACACUUCCACCGAUGAGGACAUCUAUCUUAAUAAGCAAUUAGAAACAGAGGGCAGAGCGAGGCUCGGCUCUGUUUCGUAACUGAUUUUUAAUGAAAUAUUUUUUUUAAAGUUUAUUUUCGUAUAAUGCAUAAUGGCAACAUUGAUCAGUAUCACUUCGGUGGUCUUCACACUGGCGCUGCAACAAGAUGCGUUAGGAGGUCUGCGAGUGGGACAGCGCUACGUAGCAGUCUCACUUGCGUAUCGUCCAUCUGUAGUGUCGUCGUAUCUCUUAGCAGCAUCAAUGUGCGCACAUUAACUUGUUAUUACAUGAAGCAGUAGAUCAAGUUUGAGCUUACGUAAAAAUAUAUCCGUCGCUUAAAGAAUGCUUUCUGUUCAUGUAUGAAAUAACUAUUUUAUUCCUAUUUAUAUGAUUGUGUAACUAUACAGUAUAUACGUUAUCACCCAUAUGUUUAAGACGAAAGAAGUGCAUGUUAAUGUUUGUUUUUUUUUCGUUUUGUUUAUCUCAGUGUUGAUCGUUUUUGAGGUGACAUACUUAAAGUUAGAAAUUUUAAAUACUCCAUUGUUAUAAGGUUACUUAUAUUAAAAUUAU